UUUGUGAUCAGUUUUUCUCGAAAUCGACUUUGUGACUAAAUAUGUUAAAAAGUAGUUGUAUCAUUUUGGUAUUCCUUACAGUUUUUCUCUCGGGAAAAAUUGAAGCAAUGAAAAAUAAAGACAGUUCAAAAAAGACUCUAUUGAAAAAUUAUAUAAUAGAUGUAGUAAUACCUAUUGGUAUAAAAGAUAAAGACAAGUUAGAAAAUUGUGUAAACGGAAUUUUAAGAAAUUCUUUGAACUCUAUAAAUAAGGUGUAUAUUGUUGCAGAACACCUUAGUAUACUUGAAUCUCUUUCUUUGGAUAACAAAAAUAAUAAAAAAAUAGUUGGAAUAUCGGAGAAAAUCUAUCCGUUUUCUAAAGAUGAUAUUAAAGAAGUUUUUAUUAAGAACCAAGCCGAUCGCAAACGUUCCUCUUGGUAUUAUCAGCAACUUCUGAAAUUUUACAUAUUCGAUGCUAUACCAAAUAUUUGUGAUAACGUGUUGAUUUUAGAUUCAGACUUUGUUUUUAUCAAACCAAUAGAAUUUCUAAAUUCCGAAGGAAAAGCUCUUCUAUCGUAUGGAUAUCCAUUACAAUAUCGUAAUGGCACAUCCACAUAUUUCAGUCAAAGUAUGAAUCUAACGAAAAUAAUUCAUGCAAAAAGUCUCAUAAAAGACUGGGAUAUAAUCAAUUUAUUUGACGGAAUUCAUCAUCACAUGCUCUUUAAUAAGGAUAUUAUGAAAUCUCUUUUUAAGAAUGUGGAAGAACACAAUAAGGAACCUUUCUGGAAAGCAUUUAUCAAUAAGUCAUUUAUUGAUGAAGCGAUAUAUGUGUCGGAAUAUUUGAUAUAUUUUCAUUUUGCGAUUAAAAAUUUUAAAAAUAAGGUAGAAGCUAGACAUCUUAAUACGGUUGAUAUUUUAUAUGAUUCUGAAGACACACUAACCUUGAAUUUGGUUCAUAAAUUGCUUGAUGAUUUUAUGAAAAAUAAGGAACCAACAAUAACAGGAAUUGGAUGUCAUGGUGUUCUAAAUUUGAAAGACUCUAUAGAACGUUCAGAUUCUAUGGAUGAAGAAUUGAAAAAAACAUUGCUACAAAAUGAAAAGACAUUUUACAUUUUCAGAUUAAAUGAAGAUGGAAAAGUAUAUGUGGAGUAAGUUUGUAGCGACACUGAAAAUUGAACCGAAAAAACUAAUUAGAAAAAGGCAUACAUAAGUAAAUAUAGUAGUUUAUCGAAAUAAUUGUAAUUAAUCAGUUCAAAAUUAUUAAGCAUUCUAUAAAAAAUGAAAAAAAGAAGAAAAUGUAAAAAAAUAUUUUAAGAUUAAAUUUAAAGUUUUGAUUAAGAUCCUUUGGAAUUGGCGAGAUUGAACGAGAAAUAAAUUAUAUGCAAACCGAUGCAAACAUUUCCACAAUUAAACAUUGAAUGAAGCAUGUGUGUUCAGUCCACAUGUGAAGUUUGCGUAUGUAAAGUGCACUGCAUUCAUAUAUGAUCAAUUUCUUCCAGUAUCAAUUCAACGUGGUUCCUUCAAUUGAAAACAGAAAUGAAACUAACUUGGUUCUGAUACUUUUGUCCAUUUUUCUAUUCGUUCAGAAUGUACUUUCCGGUUGAGAAAUGGAGAGUUUACAUAAUAAUGCGACUAAAUUGAAGAUCAAGAUGAAACCAAAACUUGAUUUUUUAUACAAUUUCAAUAAGACGGAAUCAAUCAUUAAAUACGCAAUUUCUGCACGAGUGGGUCAAAAUCCUAACACAUUCGCCGAUAAAUACAAUAUAUAAAUACAAUUUGGCACAACCAAAUCUACUCAAAAAUGAAUGAUGAUCAUUGUUUUCGACCAUGAACUAAUUAGUGGAGAAGUUUCAAGCUAUUUGAAUGAAAAUAAAAUACAUUUGCAUACAAAA